AGUCGGCGCGGGAGCGGCCGGCUCGUAUGUGUGCGUUGGCGCCGCCGCGAGGCGGGGACGAGCGGCGCCCGCGGCUGUGCAGAUUCUAGGGCGGCGGCCGUCGCUGCAGCAGCGCCACGGGCGGGGAGGGCCGAGGAGGCCGAAGGAGAGGAUGGGGAGGACCCGGUCCUGCUCUUCUUCAGGGCGUGCGAGCUGCUCCGGGGACGCACAGUGACAGCAGCGGCGCCCUGGCCUGGCAGCACUGAGGCCGCUUUGCCAGAGAGCCCGCGGCCGGCAGCGAGCCGGGCCAUGAGGAGCGGCCGGGUCCGGGCCAGGCCUCGCUGACCCCGGCUCCGCGCGGCGGCCUUCCCCGUUUCCGCUCCAGCCUCUCGGCAUGAGAGUCCACCGGGGCCCGGGGCCGCGGCUGCCCCAGACCCGCCGCCCGCGGGCGCCCUGCGGCCCCGCGGGCCCGUGGUGCUGAUCCCAGCCGCCCACUGUGCUGCCCGCUCGCCCUCUGUAUGUCCUGGGGGCGCGGCCAUGGAGGUGGUGGGCGACUUCGAGUACAGCAAGAGGGACCUCGUGGGACACGGGGCCUUCGCCGUUGUCUUCCGGGGGCGGCACCGCCAGAAAACUGAUUGGGAGGUAGCUAUUAAAAGUAUUAAUAAAAAGAACUUGUCAAAAUCACAAAUACUGCUUGGAAAGGAAAUUAAAAUCUUAAAGGAACUUCAGCAUGAAAAUAUUGUAGCACUCUAUGAUGUUCAGGAAUUACCCAACUCUGUCUUUUUGGUGAUGGAGUAUUGCAAUGGUGGAGACCUGGCAGAUUAUUUGCAAGCUAAAGGAACUCUCAGUGAAGAUACUAUCAGAGUGUUUCUGCAUCAGAUUGCAGCUGCCAUGCGAAUCCUGCACAGCAAAGGAAUAAUCCACAGAGAUCUCAAACCGCAGAACAUCUUGUUGUCUUAUGCCAAUCGCAGAAAGUCCAGUGUCAGUGGUAUUCGCAUCAAAAUAGCGGAUUUUGGCUUUGCUCGUUACCUGCAUAGUAACAUGAUGGCUGCUACCCUGUGUGGAUCCCCGAUGUACAUGGCUCCUGAGGUUAUUAUGUCUCAACAUUAUGAUGCCAAGGCAGACUUGUGGAGCAUAGGAACAGUGAUCUAUCAGUGCCUCGUAGGAAAGCCACCUUUUCAGGCCAAUAGUCCUCAAGACUUAAGGAUGUUUUAUGAAAAAAACAGGAGCUUAAUGCCUAGUAUUCCCAGGGAAACGUCACCUUAUCUGGCUAAUCUUCUUUUGGGUUUGCUUCAGAGAAACCAAAAAGAUAGAAUGGAUUUUGAGACAUUUUUUAGCCAUCCUUUCCUUGAGCAAGUUCCAGUAAAAAAAUCUUGCCCAGUACCAGUGCCUGUGUACGCUGGCUCUGUCUCUGCAAGUUCCUGUGGCAGCUCUCCAUCCUGUCGUUUUGCUUCUCCACCAUCCCUUCCAGAUAUGCAGCAUAUUCAGGAAGAAAACUUAUCUUCCCCACCAUUGGGUCCUCCCAACUAUCUACAAGUGUCCAAAGAUUCUGCCAGUACUAGUAGCAAGAACUCUUCUUGUGACACGGAUGACUUUGUUUUGGUUCCACACAACAUCUCGUCAGACCACUCAUGUGACGUGCCAAUGGGAGCUGCUGGCAGACGUGCCUCCCAGGACUUCUUGGUGUGUGGAGGGCAGUGUCAGCCUACCAUGUCAUCUCACAGUGAAACAGCCCCAAUUCCAGUUCCUACUCAAAUAAGGAAUUAUCAGCGCAUAGAGCAGAAUCUGACAUCUACUGCCAGCUCAGGCACAAAUCCACAUGGUUCUCCAAGAUCUGCAGUGGUCCGAAGGUCCAACACUAGCCCCAUGGGCUUUCUCCGGCUGGGAUCUUGCUCCCCAGUGCCAGCAGACACAGUACAGACAGUUGGACGAAGACUCUCCACUGGGUCUUCCAGGCCUUAUUCACCUUCCCCUUUGGUUGGUACCAUUCCUGAGCAGCUUAGUCAGUGCUGUUGUGGACAUCCUCAGGGCCAUGAAUCUAGAAGUAGAAACUCUUCAGGAUCUCCAGUGCCGCAGGCUCAGUCCCCACAGCCUCUCCUAUUGGGUGCUAGACUGCAGAGCGCCCCCACCCUCACUGACAUCUAUCAGAACAAGCAGAAGCUCAGAAAACAGCAUUCUGACCCUGUGUGCCCAUCCCAUGCCGGGGCUGGGUACAGCUGCUCACCUCAGCCUAGUCGUCCUGGCAGCCUUGGAACCUCUCCCACCAAACACAUGGGAUCCUCUCCACGGGGUUCUGACUGGUUCUUUAGAACUCCGUUACCAACAAUCAUUGGCUCUCCUACUAAGACCACAGCUCCUUUCAAAAUCCCCAAAACGCAAGCAUCUUCCAACCUGUUAGCCUUGGUUCCUCGUCAUGGGCCUACUGAAGGGCAGUCCAGAGACAGGAGUGACCCACGGGAGUGCGCCCAUUGCCUCUCAGGGCUCGGGAGUGAGAGGCCACGCUCUGAACAGCAGAACAAGGCAGAGUUCGGCAGGUCUGUCAGUACUGGGAAAUUAUCAGAUCAACAAGUGAAGAUGCCUUUAGGUGGACACCAGGGCAGCACAGACAGCUUAAAUACUGAGCGGCCAAUGGAUAUAGCUCCUGCAGGAGCCUGUGGUGGUGUGCUGGCGCCUCCUACAGGGACAGCGGCAAGUUCUAGGGCUGUCCUCUUCACUGUAGGGUCCCCUCCACACAGUGCCACGGCCCCCACUUGUACCCACAUGGUCCUUCGGACAAGAACAACCUCAGUGGGGUCCAGCAGCUCUGGAGGCUCUCUGUGCUCUGCGAGUGGCCGUGUGUGUGUGGGUUCCCCACCUGGGCUGGGCGUGAGCUCUUCCCCUCCCGGAGCAGAGGCAGCUCCCAGCCUGAGAUUCGUGCCUUACGGUGCUUCACCCCCCAGCCUAGAGGGGCUCAUCACCUUUGAAGCCCCUGAACUGCCGGAGGAGACACUGAUGGAGCGUGAACACACAGACACCCUGCGCCAUCUGAACGCAAUGCUCAUGUUCACCGACUGCGUGCUGGACCUGACCGCCGUCCGGGGAGGAGACCCUGAGCUGUACACGUCGGCAGUGUCUCUGUACCAGAUUCAAGAGAGUGUGGUUGUAGACCAGAUCAGUCAGCUGAGCAAAGACUGGGGGAGGGUGGAGCAGCUGGUGUUAUACAUGAAGGCAGCACAGCUGCUGGCGGCUUCUCUGCAUCUUGCCAAAGCUCAGAUCAAGUCUGGGAAACUGAGCCCAUCCACAGCUGUGAAACAAGUUGUCAGAACUCUGAAUGAACGGUACAAAUUCUGCAUCGCCAUGUGCAAGAAACUUACAGAGAAGCUGACCCGCUUCUUCUCUGACAAACAGAGGUUUAUUGAUGAAAUCAACAGCGUGACAGCAGAGAAGCUCAUCUAUAACUGUGCUGUAGAAAUGGUUCAGUCUGCAGCCCUGGAUGAGAUGUUUCAACAGACUGAAGAUAUUGUAUAUCGCUAUCAUAAGGCAGCCCUUCUUUUGGAAGGCCUAACUAAGAUUCUACAGGACCCUGCAGAUAUUGAAAAUGUACAUAAAUAUAAAUCUAGUAUUGAAAGAAGACUGUCAGCACUCUGCUACAGCCCGGCACCCAUGUGAGCAGCAGCAGGCUUGCCCUGUGGACUGGCGGGAGGAGCGUAAGGGAUGCAUUUGGGAUGACAGCGGGGCUCAGUCACCCAUACCCAGGAAGCUGUAGUUUCUUAACUGGUGACUACCAAAGAACGAGCAGUGAUUUCAAACAGAAAAACAAUCCAAAAACUACAUCUUUAUAGGAUCUGCCUUAUUGGAGAAGUCACCCCUUCCCUUUUUCUUUGUAGAAGCGGAAGAGUGUUCUACUUGGCUCCCAAUCUGAAUUUGGUAAAUAAAUGUACCUUAGAACUAGAAUUAUCAGUACCGUUAUUCUUGAGAAUAAUUAAAAAUGCAACAAAGUGAGUGGCUCUUCACUCAGUUCACCAGAGCAAUGUGUGAAGUUUCAUGUGUUUGCUGAAGUAUGAAAGUAAAAAAGUCCAUAUCUCAUCAGGCAGUUUGAUGUUUUGUCUAAAUCUGAGCACACGUCUUCAAAAGCUCAGGAAGAAAUAGCUGAAGAAGCAGCAACAGACGGCUCCUGGAAGAGACUGUGAAGCCUUCAAUUUGAUCUAAUACGGACACAUAUUAAUCUUCCAUAAAAUCUUUCAUAUUGCACUAAUUUAUUAAACAACUGUAUAUUGGAUUUUGCAAUUUAAAACUAACUGAGGCACAAUGGACUUGUUUAAAAUAUUUUACUUGAUUAUAUACAUAUAUCCUUUCCAGAAUUCAUGUAUAAUCUGGAGUGAACUUUUAAAUGGUCAGAAACUUGUGUUCAUGUGAACCUUUGCAUUACUUUUUACCUAUUCAUCUACACCCACAGAUUUCUCAGUAAUAUUUGGAGUCGCUGGUUGUCACUUUGGGUUGCAUUUUUUUUAUUGUGCAUGCAGACUGUGCAUUGGUGCCUGUGACCUUAGGUUUAUUUGGGCAGUAUUAGAAAAAAGUAUCAUGAAUCAAGAGGCACUCUUGAGAAUUUUAAUAGGGCCAAAACAAAGUUGGUGAUCUAAAAGCUUGUUAAUAAUGUGGAGUUUCUACACAAAGUUAGUGAAGAAUAAGUUUUGUUUUCUGUUAGGAAAAUGGGCAGCUCUCUCCAGCGUGAUGUGUGAGUCUCAUGUUAAUCCUGACAGUUUACCAAACGGCUAGUCAUGCAGGAUGCGGGGAGUGACCCGGCCCCCUCCAGGGAGCGGUUCCUGUGUUGUAUGUAUAUUUCUGGGUUUCUUUUACUUACCUGCUUGAAUACUUGAAUAAACCUUUUGCCACUUUUAAUCUUUUUAUUUUAAUCCUUUCACAUAAAGUAAUCUAAACUCUCCAACAAAUUACACAGAAGCUCUUUGGCACUAAUCUCAUUUUAGUGUACUGAUAAAAAUAAGCAGACACAAACAUGGUUUUCCUUUGACAAAGUAAUGUAAUUUUUACCUUAUUUAUCUGUAUGAAAUUCCAGCGGUUAAUUUGAACAUUUAUUUACAUGAUGUUUAUAUUUUUAGUCUUUAAUAACAGUGUUUCUACCUCUUGUUUGUAACUGCACGCAUUAUUCUUGAAACUCGAUAAAACUCUCUCAAUUGUUAUGUAAUAGCCUUUUUAUUAUUAUCUGUACAAAUGCAUAUUAAGGUAAAAUAAAACUGACCAAGUGUUUCUAGGGUUGGAUCCAUACGAAGUGGGUUGUCAACCAGAUCCUUCCUCAGUGAGUUCAGAGGCCUGGUCCUUCGUGUCCUCUGUCCUGCCCCAGGCCUAGAUUCUCAGUGACCGUCGGGCUCCCGGACACAUCACUGAACACAGUGAUGGUUCCUGCCUCUCCCUGUUGUUUGUGAUGCUGUCUUGUGUAUAAUUUUUGAGUGUACAAUGCAGUUUUAUUCACGUUCUCUCAGUCAGCACCUUGUUACCUUAGUCGUAGGUUUAUUCUGUCCUCUCCUCUCCUCUCCUCUCCUGCUCCCACUUUUUAUUUACAUAGGAUAAAACAGGUUCAGAGAGGGUUUAAGUGACUGGUCUGAAGUCAGGACUUAGGCAAGUGGCCAGGCCAUGCUUUGUGACUUCCAAGUUCAUUCUUCUUGCUCUUGUAUAAGAAAGGUCUUGGGGUAGAUGGUGUGUGUGACACAGUAAAGUCUUGAUGGCAGAGAAGAACAAACUGUAAAUUCAUGAGUAAUGGUUCUGAUUAUACUUCCAUUAUCAAGGCUCAUUGUUUUAAGAGAUUUUGCCUUGAUUAUAGCAAUAAUAAACAAAUGCUUUAUGUUUC